AUGGACGGCGGCUCCGCGGCGGGCGGCGGGCCCGGGCGGCUCCUGCUCUGCGGGCUCCCGGCGGGGCUCGGCGCGCUGCGCCCCCGCUCCCCGGCGCGGGCCUCCCCGCGGCUGCUGCUCCUGCUGCCGCCGCCGCCCGCCCCGCGCCGGCCGCUCGCCGACUGGGGGCGCGCGCGCCCCGGCACCCUCGGAACCCCCGGGCCCCCGGGACCCCCGGCUGGGCGCGCCGCGGCGGGGCUCGGCCCGGGCGCCCCCGCGCUGGGCCGCGGCCCCCGCGCCGCCUGCAGGAGAGAGCUGAGCCUCUCUACUGGGUGCUUGCAGCUGGAGCACAAAAGGAAAGAGUUCACCGCCUCUGGGAGCAGGAAGCUCUACUUUGACACCCAUGCCUUGGUGUGCUUACUUGAGGAAAACGGGUUUACUACUCAACAAGCAGAAAUCAUUGUGUCUGCCCUGGUCAAGAUCAUGGAUGCCAAUAUGGAUAUUGUCUACAAAGAUAUGGUCACCAAGAUGCAGCAGGAGAUCACUCUUCAGCAAAUAAUGUCUCAAAUUUCUAAUGUGAAAAAGGAUAUGAUUAUUUUGGAAAAGAGUGAAUUUUCAAUGCUCAGAGCAGAAAAUGAGAAAAUGAAACUUGAGCUGCAUCAGUUAAAACAACAAGUAAUGGAUGAAGUGCUCAAAGUCCGAACAGAUACCAAGUUAGACUUCAAUCUAGAAAAGAGCAGAGUAAAAGAAUUGUAUUCAUUGAAUGAAAGGAAGCUUCUGGAAAUGAAGACAGAAAUGGUGGCAUUGCAUGCCCAGCAAGACCGGGCCGUCACCCAGACAGACAGGAAGAUAGACACGGAGGUUGCUGGCCUUAAAACCAUGCUUGAGUCACACAAACUUGACAAUAUUAAAUACUUAGCAGGGUCUGUAUUUACGUGCCUAACAGUAGCUCUGGGAUUUUAUCGCCUGUGGGUACAAUAAAGUAUGUAUUUAA